UUUUUUUUUUUUUUUUUCCCCGGUUUGCAAAGAUGUCGGAAACUGCAGAGUCCCCCACCGAAAAUCAGAAAGAUGAGUCUCCUGUUGUGCAGCCUCCUCCUGAAGAUGUCGGCUCAAAUGAAGAGAAGAAAAAAAUUGAUGUUCUGCUGAAGGCAGUUGGAGACACUCCGAUCAUGAAGACCAAGAAAUGGGCAGUGGAGCGAGGACGGACCGUGCAGUCGCUCGCCCUCUUCAUCUCCCGCUUCCUCAAGCUGGACCCCAGUGAGCAGCUGUUCAUAUAUGUCAAUCAGUCUUUUGCUCCAUCUCCUGACCAGGAAGUCGGCGUUCUCUUUGAAUGUUUUGGCAGUGACGGGAAGCUGGUUCUGCAUUAUUGCAAGUCACAAGCUUGGGGGUGAUUUUUUUUUUUUUUUUUGCCCCCUAGUUGUUCUUCCUUCCCUCCACCCCACCAAGAGGCACUGCACAUCCCAUAAAGUAAUGGGCUCACACUUACCCAGUGAUCAUUUUCUAUUAUUGUUCUUAUAAUGUGCAGCAUUUUUUUUUUUUUGUAUAUAACCCAUUGUAAAUAAAUUCAUUCAAC